AUGUCGAAUCGAAUCACUGCCCUUUUUUGUUUCCUCAUCGUCAGCGUCCUUGUGUUUUCACCUCUUCUAAUACAAUCUGCUCCAUUCAGAACAAGAAAAAGGAACCAUUCAAUUGAAGAAAUCUGCUCCGAAGUCGACCAACAUAUUGACCAAUGUGCUUUUGUGACAAGAGCGUGUGACGGAUUCAGUGGAGUGUUUCUACGAUUCUACUAUUGCACUGUAUUAUGGAAGCCUCUUUGUGUAAUCAUUCUGUGUGCAACGCUCUUAAUGUUAUUUGGUGCUGUCAGUGUGGUAGCAUCUGAUUUUUUCUGCCCCAAUUUACAAACAAUCUCUUCAAAGCUUGGGUUGUCAGAGAGCAUGGCUGGUGUCACAGUCUUGGCUUUUGGAAACGGUAGUCCGGAUCUAUUCAGCGAACUAAUCGGAGCCGCAUUCUUUAUUGUCGCAAUUGUAUCCGGCUGCAUGGGCAUCAUUCGGCCUUUCCAAUCAAAAAAGGUUACUUUUCUAAGAGAUGCUGCGUUCCUUACAGGAGCAGUCAUGAUGAUUCUGGGGAUCAUCUAUCAACAGGCUAUUCAUUGGUACCAUGGUCUUGGUUUGAUAUUCUACUAUCUAUCUUACGUCUCGGUCGUACUCUUGAGCAACUAUCGCAUGAAUAGAACCAAGUCAGACAAACCAACAAAAGCUAUGACCGAAACUUCAUCACUUCUUGGUCACCAAGUCAGGAUACCUUACAAGCCAGCUCAAAUAACAAACCUUCCAGAUCAAUCACAUCUAGAAGAUCAACAUGACAAGUAUAACACUCAUCACAACAACCAGCACCACCAUCACCAAGGUCACAUUAUACGACCCGUGUUACCCAGUCAACCUUCACGCCUUUCUUUAAGAAUCGAUACUACCAAUCUCCCAAGAUCACCGAGUUCACUUGGAUCAAUAUCAGCUCGAGCCCAUCGUCCUUCAAUGACUCCACGUGUUGGCAUGCGUACAUCUCUUUUUAGUGCUAUGGAGCUUAAAGAGAAAUUUGAUUCACUUAAAAGAGCUUCAUCUUCCCACCAUAUCCCUCUCACAAAACGAAACCGCCAAAUAUCAAUGCCACAUGAAGUGUCCAAACAUGCCAUUUCACCUGGCCAAUCAUUUAACCCGGGUUCUGAACGACGACCAAGAGCAAACACUCUGACAGAUCAACUGAAGGUCUCAAUGCCAUCUCCUAAUACCGCUCAUAACAGUAAUACUAAUAUCAGUGCCCACUCUACGCCAAAUACAACCAACGCAAACGCAAACGCGAAUAAAAAUGGAAAUUCAAAUGGAAACAUCAGUAUAUUGACUACCAGUGGGAUGCAGCGUUCACAGACCAGAAAUAGCUCGAAUAGCAGUACCGGAAUUGCAGAAGACUACUUUACAUACCUAUCUACACAAUCUAGUCUCCAUGACUACAAACCAGAAUCAUCUACCUUUGAUAUAGUUUCCCCAUCAUUGCAUUCACAGGACUACUACUAUCAACACCCUAAUCAACAGCACAAUCAACAAAGUCAGGGCCAAAAGAUCCCAGAGAUCAGACUUGCUCCUCCACAUACACCAAAACCACUCGAACUAUCACCAUUCAAUCAUCCAGAAUUCUGCCCUGGUCCAUUAUUCCCACUACCCCCACAUCAUUACCAUAGUACGAAUAGUAAUUAUCUUCAUCUCCAUAACCAUAACCAUAAUCAUAAUCAUAAUCAUAAUCAUCAACAGCAUCAUCAGUUACCAUCUUCAUUAUUCUCUCCCACAUUUGAUGACAACAAUACCACCACCGCCAUCCCACAACUCUAUCCGUGGCACAGCUAUGCAACAGCCGGGUCUCCGCUCCUUUCUCUUCCUUCUCCGUCACCUUCGCAACAAUGCUCGCCGUCUUCUUGUACGAUGUGGUUAGAAGACAUCUGCCAGACAUUGUUCCCAACUCUCCAACAAUGGCACACCAAAUCCGUUUUGGGAAAGAUCUCGUCUUUGGUUGCCACACCGAUCGUGCUUGUCUUUACACUCACCAUACCUGUCGCAGAAUCCGAGGAUGUCAAGGUGGAUGGUGUGCACAUUCUGGAACAUUCUGGAGGUCAAGAUCAAGAUCAAGUUCAAGUUCAAGCUCAAACUCAAACUCAGGGUCAGGGUCAGGCUCAAACUCAAGCUCAAGCUCAAGCUCAAGCUCAAGCUCAAUCUCAAUAUAAUAUGUUUGGAAAUAUCAACAAUGGUGCUAUUAGUAAUAUAAAUAACACCGAUAGUAUUAAUAUCAGUAAUGAUAGUAAUGGUAGUACUCUUAAUGGCACCGUCAACGGUGCUUACUAUUAUAACAGUGGUUAUUGUGGUGUUAAUUGCAAUGCGGAUGCCGAAGAAGGUGACUGUGAAGAAGAAUGCGGCGCACAGACCAAUGGGUUCCUUGCGGUACCGGUGCAGGUAGAACAAGCUGAGGACGAAGAGGAGGUGGAAGUAGACGAGGAUGUUAGCCAAGGCUGGUGUAGAUGGUUACUAGCCACCCAGGCAGUGACUAGCACGACCUUUCUAUUUACUGUCAUGGCUGUCCACCAAAUGAUUCCUUAUUGGGCUAUUGUGGUUGGAACAUGUCUAGGUGGUGUGCUAUCUAUUGGGGUCUUACGGACAACCCGGCAGGAUGAACCGCCCUCGUGGUUCUGGAUGCUUUCCUUUGCCGGGUUCUACGUUGCGCUUCACUGGAUAUUCUUACUUGCUAACCAGAUGGCAUUUGGAAAGAUUUUUGACAUCAGUGAGGCUAUCAUGGGGCUGACAGUGUUUGCUCUUGGAAAUAGUAUUGGCGAUUUCGUAGCAAAUACAGCCAUUGCAAAGAUGGGCCUACCUACAAUGGCAAUCUCUGCUUGUUAUGCUGGUCCUUUGUUGAAUAUGGUACUUGGUGUUGGUGUGUCAGCCACCUAUCAGACCUGGAAGACAGGUCGUCCGUAUGCACUCAAUAUUGAGCCAACGAUUGUCGUGUCUUCAGCUGGCCUGUUGCUAGUCCUGUUUAGUACGUUGAUGGUGGUGAUCAAUAAUGAUUAUCACAUCAAUCAACGGCUUGGCUGGUGGAUGAUUUUUGUGUACUCUGGGGAAGCUUACGGACAGCCUGGCGGGACAGCCUGGCGGGACAGCCUGAAAGGACAGCCUGAAAGUGUAUUACGUCACCUAGUCACGUAUUUGGGCAAAUGUCAUAUUGGUGGGACAGCCUGGGCAGCCUGGGCAGCCUGGAAAUAUGUUACUAAACUUACUUCACGUAUUUAG